GGGAUACGAAGAUUAUAUCAAGUGGAUUUGUCAAGUAACUCAGUCCGAGAGAAUGACCCAGUAAUAUUGUUUUGACCAAAGUAAGUUUGACUCGGUUGUACUGAACAUGCAUCGCUUCGUGUGUCGUAGUUAGCCUCAGCGGGCACUUUGCGGGUCUUUUGUGCUUCAGGGCGCACUGGACUGUCAUCUCUGCGCGCUGUCACUUGUUGGACCCAUUACAGAAAUCGCAAAGUUGUUCUUUUCUUAACAAAAAAACAAGGCGUUUUGUUGGUUAACACAUGUUAGACACCUCGACGGCAGAAAAAAAAAAGAUUUAAUUUUGAUGUGGUAACUCGCAGGUGAGAGCCUAAUGGAUAUCCAUCGAGUUUAAGUGCAGCAGCGGAUUUUGGGAGCCCAGCUUGAUUACUGCUCUCAUCUGAAGUUGGAUCUCGUAAUCACUGCAAUGACGGAGUCCUCAAAACCGCCUUUAGGGAGGAUGAAGGCACGUGCCCCACCUCCGCCGCAGGCCCCUCAACCCGCUCCACGCCACAUCUUCAGAAACACUGUACCGGAUGGAGGAGGGACAUCAGGCAUGGACGCCAAGGAAAACAUGCUAAGGCCCACUGUGGAUUUCCAGCUUACUCUGCCACAGGGAUACCAGACUUCUGUAACAGAGGAGGGCAGUAAGGCGCUGAUGGACGUGCUGGUUGAGCUGUGUAGCCGCUACCACCUGAAUCCAGCACUGCAUACCCUGGAGCUUCUGUCGCCCGAGGGUCACCCUUUGGGGUUUAAGCCCAACGCUCUGCUGGGCUCCCUCAACGUGGCCUGUGUCUUCAUCAAGGAGAAAGUCUUGGAGGAGAAAGUGGUGCGCAGGCCGGCACCCAAAGUGCCAGAGAAAACAGUUCGUUUGAUGGUGAACUACCACGGCACCCAGAAGGCAGUGGUACGGGUCAACCCGUUGGUACCACUCCAGGCUCUGACGCCGGUCAUCUGUGACAAGUGUGAUUUUAACCCGGCACAUGUCCUGCUACUGAAGGACAGCAUCAGUCGCCACGAGUUACCACUGAACAAAUCUCUGACAGAGCUGGGGAUCAAGGAGCUCUACGUACACGAUCAGAGUUUAGACUCCAUUUGCUCCAGUACCACCAGUUUGGGGAGAGCAGAGAAGAAGGGCUUCCUGGGUAUCUUCCAGUUCAGCAGGAGGAAAUCAAAGACAGAGACAACAUCUGUGGACAUGGAUGGCUGUGAUGAUAAAGUAAUCCAAAAUACUGACACACAAUCCAAUGGUCUGUCCACGGUGUCCAUUGUCCCCAGUGUAGAAGAUCGGCCCAGCACCUUGGGCCAGUCUCAGUCAGUCAUGAAUAUGCCCAGGAUGUCUCCCAAGGCUGAAACCAAGAAGAGGAGGGCCCCAGCACCACCUGAGGCCCCGACACCCAUCAUGGGACACACUAGCUUCGAGGGCUAUCAGAUGGGCCCUGGCUCAGAAAGCCAGCAGAGGAAAAGAAAGGCUCCAGCCCCUCCUCCUACCCCAGCCUCUGAUGACACUUCAGCCUCUGCUGCUCCCACUCCUGAUAGCCACGCUACUGAAACACCUACCCCGGCCUCCCGCACCAAGGUGGCACAGUCAAUUCCAGUCUCCUCUACAGUUGUGGUAAUGCAAACAAUAAAACCGGCCCCCUUGAAAACAGCAGUAGAACCUACCACACCACCCGCCAGCUCCCCAACCCCGAGCAGCAGCACCACCGACAGCUUAGCUGUCCAGGAUUCCAGCUCUGACCUCAGCCACAGCCUUGAUGACUCAGAAGCAGACCUAGACCGGGCUGGUUCGCCCUGCAGCACCCUUACCAGCAGCACGGUGAGCGGGUCUCUGCCGGCUCAGCCAGCUACGAAAAGCUCCAGCAGCAGGAUGGAGGACUCUGAGAAGUCCAGCAGUGUGGCUGCCAAAUUAAAUCAAGACGCGACCUCAGCCAGCAGCUCAAGGUCGGAGACUGAGUCAGCCCUCAACCUGAAACUAGAUGAAGUUGAGAACAACAGACACAGCGCAAUUGGAACCACUGAUCAACCAGCGCCACCCAAACCUCGUCGCUCCCCGGCCCGGGAACCACCACAGCUUGUCCUACCCCCUACCCCGUCCACUCCUCCCCCGCCCUCCCCUCCCACUGAACCCACACAAAGUAACUCCCCAGAGAGCCCCGUGGAGGUGGAGGAAGCAGCUCCCCAGUCCUGGCUCCAUUCAAUGCAGAACUCCGCAGCCAGUGGCCAGAAACCAGAAACUGAAACACCUGAGGAGGAAACUCUGUCCCUUGGCAGCAGUAGUGGUGGCAGCAGCCUGCCUGACCAGGGUUACGCGGCCUCAGAGGGCAUGGCAGAAGGCGAGGACUCAGGCAUGGUCAGCUCUCCAUCUGACACCCAGUCCACAUCCCCAGAUGGGAGUUUAUCUCUGGAUGGAAGUAGCGGAAGCGGAGGAGAGAGACUGCUGGGACCAGUACGGGACAAUUCCAGUGACAGUGAUGAGGGAUGUGCCACCUGGGGAUCAAGACACAGGCACAAUGACAUCAGCCCAAAGGCAAAGUCAGGCAAGCUGAAAGACAGCUAUGAAGACUCAGAGCUCACAGCCCAGCUCCAUCAGACUCUGGCAGAUUUUGAAGCAGACCUUGCAGACCACAUAGAUAUUGCCUCGGCAAAGGAGACUCCCUAUACCAUGUCCACAGACAGUAAUGAGGUACCAGUGUCUGUAGUGGACAUGGAUGUGCCAGUCACAGCCAUAGAUGAAGUGCUGGAGGACUAUGAACGCAACAUUGCAGAAAAUGAGACAAAGUCACUUAACAGGACUGAGUCAGUGGGCAGCAAAGGUUCAGGUUUUUGUCGCCAGUCCAGCACAGAGCCACAGAACAAAAACAACAAUGCUUGUACAGCUGCUGACAUUAAUAAAAGCAGCAGUGCAAAUGCUAAGCAGCCGUCUCAACCUGAGCAGCACAGAAAGUCACUGGAGCACAGAUCUAUAAAUGAUAAAAAGGAAGAAGAGAUCAUUCAGACAAAAAUUAAAGAGAUGAGUAUCAGUGAUACCAACAGUGUGAAAGAGGAUAAACAAAGAAAAACAUCUGCAGUGAAAUCUAAUCUCGACAUGCAGAAACAGAGCAAGGGCACUGAGAUCAAACCAGAUCCUGUCAAAAGUGACGCUCAGUCUUAUCAAGAGAAGAAACCUGUUCUACCACCAACCAGUCAGAGAUCAGUGUCUACAGAAAGAGCUGAAGAGACACACAAAGUUUACCAAAAUAACUCUAGCUCUAAUACUUCACAUGGAAAAAUCACUCGCAAUGUCACAUCACGUUUCGGUAUGAAAACUUUCACCGUGGUCCCUCCCAAACCUUCUGUCAUGCAUGCUGCUACAAGAGAUCCAGCUGUCACAUUAACUACCGGCGCCAUUAAGAUUGACGAUCAAGGAAACAUGGUGAAAGUGGGUAUCUCCCGGAACAAAGUUGGUGGUUCAUCGGAGUCAGGGAUUAAUUGCAGAGAGGGGUCUCCUCUUCUUGGGAAAGCCAAAGCUUUUUGGAGCUCGAACGAGAAGGAAAUUGCUGUGCCACACAGCAAAGGUCAGAUUAAUAAGGAGAACACAGAAGGCCUGAGAAGUACUCCAACUGUAAGUCCAGAAACUACAUGGAAGACCAGUAACACAGAGUGCCUGAAAACAACACAAAGUAUGCUGUAUAAACCUGCAGAGAGAGCCCAGCCUAUAGAGAUGGUUAAAGAAGAAGCUAAAGAAUUAGUGAAAGACAUCCACAUUGCAAAGGAGGAGCCGGUAGAGGUGGAGAACAAGAUGUCAAUGCCCAAAAACAUCCAGCAGCCAAGUACUAAACCUGCCCCUCCCCCUUCACUCCUUCCAGGCCUGAAAAGAGACCUGUCCUUCCUCAAACCAUCCAGACGAACCUCAAGCCAUUACAUGGCAUCUGCCAUCACUAAAUACACCCCAAAGACCUCAGCUAAACCCAACUCCAUCCCUAACACCCCUGACUCCUCUGCUUCUGUGAAAACAAAGAAUAUCAACUUCCAGAGAUCGACCCAGUCCAUACAAGUGAAUCCACACCAAUCUUUCCAGUCAUCUUUGUCAAAUAAUAAGGAGAAUGACUCUGGUUCUACACCCAACCCUUCUGGUCCUGUGAGGUUCAUGAGCUCCCCAGAGUAUGUGUCAGAUAGCCAGAGAGAUUUUGGACAAGUGAGACUGGACAGGGGAGGAAUUGGAACUUGUGUUGGAUCCACCAAAGGAAGCUCUAAUACGCUGGAAACAGAAACAGCCAAGAAUAAGCACAUUCAGUCUAGUGGCCCCACCCAGAUAACUGUGACCGCCGACAGUGACGGAGACAAUGUUAAAAAUAUUUGGCCCAGAAGCCCCAGCCCUGCACAGAGCAGUCCUCUGCACUCAUCUGCCAAACCACCCACAGCCCCAAAGACCAUAUCCCAAGGCCAGACAAGUAACACAAGAGACAUGACCAAGGCAGGCCCCGAUCCAACACCUGAUGCGAGACCACAACCUUCUGUCACAGUGUCAGACAGUGAUGAUAUAUCACAGCCGGUGACAGUGUUUGGGCCUGUUAAAAAGUUCAAACCAGUUAUCUGUAGAUCUGUGGAGAAAGAGACAUCUCUGCACAGCAGCCUGAUGGAGGCAAUCCAGACAGGGGGAGGCAGGGACAGGCUCAAAAAGAUAUCCACUUCUGGUCCCAGCAGCAUGAAGAAAGCAUCUUAUGUUGAGGAGGAGAAUGAGAGGUCUGCUCUUCUGGCAGCCAUUAGAGCCCAAAUCAACUCCAGCGGGCUGAGGAAGACCAAAUCUGAAGCUGCAGAUGAGCUUGAGAGGUUCAGGAAGCUGGCUUCUGAAGAGGAGAGAAGUGCAGACCCUUCCUCCUCUCCCUCUCCUCCCUCUUUGACUUCCAUUUCACCUCCUGCCUUUAUCCCUCCACCUCCACCACCACCAGCACCCAUGGUUGCACCUCCACCUCCUCCCCCUGUCUUGCCCCAGGGUAAGCCUAGUGCUGUGACAAAUCUGAGCGCUAACGCCCCCAUGAACCCUGCCUUGGCCAGGGAGGCUAUGCUGGAGGCCAUUCGUUCUGGAUCCGCUGCUGAGAGACUAAAAAAGGUUGCUGUGCCCACAAAGACGGUCCAAGUGAAUGGGAGACUGGGAACAAUCAAAGCAACCUCCUCAGCACUCCCCCAGCAGUAAGAGGGAAGCUCACAUCCUCGCAACAAGGAUUAGUUGAUCAAAUUCCAUUCUGGUUUUUGCUUUUUGCCAUUAUACUUUUUUUGCAGCAGACAUUUAGAAAACUGGAUUCAGUCAUACUUUGAGUGAAUGUUAUUUGAACUUCACAUCGCUCACUACCAGUCUUAGGGAGCUCACUUACAUUAUCCACUAAAAAAAAAAAAAAAAAAAAAUAUAUAUAUAUAUAUAUA